AUGGCUACUGGGGAUUUACACCUAGCUCGGUUGAACAAGCUGUGUCGAAUAUGUGGAAACACUCUGCCUGGACGAUCACAUAUUGUCCAAGAGCACAUAAAGAACUUGGACAGUAUUUUCAGAGCUGAUUUUUAUUCUGAUCGGGCAGGCAUUCACCCAAAAAAAUUCUGUCACUCGUGCUUUGCUACAAUAAGUAAUGUCCUAAAACGUGACUCAGCUACCGCUAUUGUGCCUGUUAAAUGGUAUACACAUAAAGACACCGAGUGCAAAACAUGCAUAUUAAGUGCACAAAAAAAGAGAGGUGGCAAACCUAUGAAAAGAAGGGGCGGUGGUAACCCAACACACAAAGCUGUGGAUUCCGCAGAAAAAACUUGGACACCCCUAGAACUUAAUAAAAUUUACAGAAAAACCUCUGAACUUUUUGACUAUAGUGGAAACGUUCUCUCAGACAUAAAUAUCAGUGAAGGCAACUGGGAACAUCUGAUUUGUGCUUUGUGUAGCAAUAUUUUAAAAAGGCCAUUAAUGAUAAACCAAUGUAACCACGUGUUUUGUGCCUUGUGUUUAACAAAUAGGUAG